AUGUGCGGCAGCGGUCGGAGGAGCGUCGCCCCCCUCUCCGAGGCGGCGCUCCUGCCCCGCCGCGCCGCCAGCCAGAGGCGCGUGCCGCCUGCGAGGCGGCCCCGAGCGAUUGGACGGUCGCUCGGGCCUACCGCGGGCGCAGCGCGCCGCCUGGCGCCAUCCUCGCGCUGGCCGAGCGCGCGAGGAGCGGCCUCGCCCUUGGCCUCGGGCCCGCGCUGGUGGAAGUGGAGCGUCGAGGACAGCGACGUAGUCGGCGUCGGCGGCGCCUCGCACGGCACCCACUUCGACAGCAAGGAGGCGCAGAAGGCUCCCGUGGCGGCGGCGCCCAUGGGGCUCGACAAGCACAGGCCUGAGAGCAGCGGCGGCUUCGGCGAGCACCCUGCCCCUCGGCCUUCUGAAGGUGGUGCUGGUCAUCCUCAUCGCCUCCCUGAUCCUGGUGCGGCGUGCAGCACUGCCUGCACCUCCUCUCCUGCUGCUUUCGCGGACCCCUCGAUCGUCACGGCGUACGUGCUGGCCAACGAGGCUGCCGUCCUCAGCGGUGGCAGCGAGAUGGCCGCUGGCGACAUCGACGGCGAGCUCAGCAUGCAGGUGGACGGCUCCCGCAACCAGGACGGAAACAGUGCUCUGGCCUCGGAUGCCGUGGCGCACUGCGGCUUCGACCUCUCCCCGCACUUCGGCACGGACGACGGCGUGGAGGCGGCUGGGCCCCAGCGCAACGGCGGCAGGAGCCUGGACGACGACGCCCUCCUCACUUCGCCUCCCUCGGGUUCCUGCUCCUGCUCUGGCGGCGGGGGGAUCGUGGUGGAGGACGGCGAGGGCGGCGUCGGUGGCGGCUGUACGCUCCACGGCUCGGAGACGGUGGCGCGCCAGGAGCCCGCGCGUGGGCCCAAGCGGCUAUUGGCGCUGCGCCGCCACGUCUUCGAGGGAACCGUGGCCCUCACGGUCGACCGUGACAUUCGGAGGCCGGGCUGGCAGGGCGACGGCGGCGACGACGCUCCUCCAGCUCCCUCAGCCUCCGAGCUAGAAGCUGGGCGCCUCUGGCUCCGCGACACGUUCGGGCCUGGCUCCCCGUGGAGGGCGUGGGCCAGGCAGGAGCGGCAGCGGAGGCGCGAGGCGCAGCUCCAGCAGUAG